AUGGAGUUGGCACCGAGAACUCACUUGUGGAUCGAGCCACCAGAAGAUGAGCUUGCUGCAUCAGAAGGUGAUGGCAUUCUAUGGCUCGUGGCAGCUUUGGCACAGGUUUGCGAGGAGUACGUUACUGACUGCAUGGCGAAGCUCCAGAGCGCAGCACGGCGACCACCACCACCGGUGCCGGUGCAUCGCACGAUUCGUGAGCCUGGGAGCCAGCACAGCCCUGGCUGCACUGCUUCCCGAGGACCAGGCCAGACUGUGAUCAAGCUUGUGUUGCAUUCCCAUCCACGGCCACUCAACAUCACCAAGGUUUGGUGA